AUGGAUGGUGAAGGUAACAAGUGCAAUAAGAGAGAAGAGGAAUAUGAUGAUGAAGAUCGUCGGCUAGUCCAGAAAAAUGCUAAAGCAAAGGACCUGCUUUACAGAGGCUUGCCCAGAAAUAUUAUCUACAAAGUGUCCUCUUGUAUAUCUGCCCAUGAUAUAUGGAGGACCUUAGAAGCUGACUUUGGAGAUAAAAAUAUCGAAGUGGCACUGAUGGCAAUUGAAGAAAGCCAAACAGAAGAAGAAGUGAUUGGAAUGAUGUCCAUGAGUGAUUCGGAAACUGAAGAUGAAACAAAGCAAUUAAUAAGCAAUCUUUCAUGUGUCAAACUUGAUAUCAAAGAGCUUGAAUCUGACAAAGCUAAUCUAGAAGGACAUGUCAAAGACCUUAAGAACCAGAUUCUUGAGCUCACUUCUAAAAGUAAGAAGUCUCCUGAUAUACAUGGUAAGGGAAAAAUGAGUGAUCUCUCUAACAAAGCAAGAAUUGGCUACAGAAAACCUGUUCCCAAGUUUGAUUCAAAGUAUGUAGGAAUUUCUGAUAAUAAAAUGUGCACUAAUUGUGGAAAGGUAGGACACUUUAGAGAUACUUGUCCUGCCUUAAUUCAUGCUCAGUUUAGAAAUACCUUUGGUCUUGCUAAAAAUGUGAAGAAGGAAGAGAAACCAAAAGCAAAGCCUUUUGUCCAUACUAAGUGGAUUAAUGUUAAUAAGAAAAUAACUGCUAAUCCUCUUCCCUUCUGGUCUAAAGUGAGAGGGAACAACCAAGACUGGUAUCUAGACAGUGAAUUCUCAAGACAUAUGACUGGAGAAAAGAAAAACUUUCUCUCAGUGACAGCCUUCCAAGGAGAGAGUGUGUCAUUUGGAAAUGGUAAAAGGGCCAGAUAA